AUGUCUACCUCCGCCGCGUCAGUGCCGGCGCAGCCUGCCCACCCCCGCUCCAUUCUUCGCGGGCACAAGGCGCAAGUGCAUGCGGCUGCGUUUGUGCGCAGCAAUGAGCGGCUGGUCACCGGCGAUGCGGACGGGUUCAUCGUGGUCUGGGACCUCACCAUCAUGAGACCCCGGGCGGUGUGGAGGGCACACGACGACGUCUUGCUGGGGAUCGGCGGCUGGGGUAAUGAUAGACUCAUCACGCAUGGUAGAGACAACAAGCUCAUUGUGUGGCAACUGCGCAAGGCGGACGAGGACUCGCUCGCAAAGACGCUGCCCGUAGACCCGGCGGCUGAGGAUAGACCGAAGCCGUGGCUGCUGUACAUGCUCGAGAUAAGCACCAUGAAUUUCUGCACCUUUUCUCUCUGUGAGAUGUCAUCAGAUGCUCUCUCUGAGGAUAGGGAGGCUCUUAUUGCUGUUCCGAACACUCUGGCAUCAGAAGCUAUUGACAUAUUCCAUUUGCCCUCCCAGAAGCGUGAGUACACCAUCAGACUAGGCCAAAGUGAGGGCAUGGUGAUGGCUCUUGAGCUGUUCAUCAUGGAUGGGUAUUUUACGGUGGCCGUCGGCUACGAGAACGGCGCUGCCCUUGUGGCGCAACAAGCAGACAGAUCACAAAACCCAGUAGGCACAUGGAACGUCAGGUAUAGAUGCAAAGCACACACGCAGCCAGUACUUUCCUUGGGUGUGUCUCCGGGGAAGGACUUCUUCCUGACGUCCAGCGCGGACUCUCUAUUGAUCAAGCACCCCGUACCCCACCCGCCGGCAUGCGCCCGAACCUCCAAGGAAGACACUUCAACGUCGGAGGGCGCCAAUGCCAAUGUGGUUGACUCGCAGCCGCCAGCCUUGGCGGCGCCAAAGCCCCCCGACGCACCCGUGGCUCCCCCAUCCACUCCUGGAAAGCCCAUGUCUCUUCUCUCGGCUGCACUGGCCCGGGAGGCUGCAGGCGGUUCGGCCGAAACCCCCACGCCUCGGCCAGAGCAGCAGCCAAGCACACCGCCAGGUUCGACACCGUUCAGCGAGCCGAUCAGGAUCCUCAACACCAAGCAUGCAGGGCAGCAAGGGCUCCGGAUUCGGUCGGAUGGUCGCAUCUUUGCCACGGCGGGCUGGGACUCCCGGGUCCGGGUGUACUCUUGCAAGACGAUGAGGGAGCUCGCCGUGCUCAAGUGGCAUCAGGUCGGGUGCUUUGCGGUGGCCUUUUCCACCAUCGACGCCGCGACGGAGAACCAAGCCGUGGGUGCACAGGAUAGUCUGGUAUCUAGGUCGGGUGACGUCACGGUCAAGGAGAAGAGGAUUCUACAUGCAAAGUCGGCGCAUUGGCUGGCUGCGGGAAGCAAGGAUGGGAAAGUCAGUCUAUGGGAGAUAUACUGA